ACUCGUAAUUCCUGAAUCAGUUUUUCUGUGCUUGCCAAUUCAUCCAAGCACUAAAAAGUUCUUUUAUUAGCUCAGCAUAUAUAAAAUGAUGCAGCAAACUCACUCGGCCGGAAAUCUCGUAGCUCCAGCUUUCCAUAACAGAAGUGGAGAAUCAUUUGAUAAAUUCACACAUACGGAAUCUAUAUUGACUGAGAAAAAUUGUGAGACAACGAAGAAGCAUCUACUUUCCUGGAAUUUGAGAAGUAUAAUUGACAUAUAUGCAACUAGUUACAAGAAAAAUAUAAAUAAAACGUAAGUAGGGACGACGGUUGGAUAUAACGCUGCUCAAUUCUGAGGCAUUUAUUUGUUGACCGUUGCCGAGUGCGGACGUUGCUGAGAAGAUGGCAAAGCAAGUGCAAAUCAAGUACACUCAGCUUUUCAUUGACAAUGAAUUUGUGGAUGCUGUAAGCGGCCGUAAAUUUUCCACAGUAAAUCCUUCCAAUGGUAAAGUCAUCGCUGAGAUCGCUGAAGGAGACAAGGCCGAUGUAGACAAAGCAGUGGAGGCUGCUAAACGUGCCUUUAAUAGAAAUUCGAAAUGGCGUAAAAUGAAUCCGUACAUCCGUGGGCAACUGAUGCAUAAGUUUGCAGAUCUUGUUACGCGUGAUUUAGAGUAUAUUGCAACUCUCGAAACUCUUGAUAAUGGAAAAACUUAUGCAAGUGCUGUUGAAGAUGUACAAGCAUCUGUCGCUACUCUCCGUUAUUACGCGGGCUGGUGUGAUAAAAUACAGGGGAGCACUAUUCCAACAGGCGAUACCAGUGUUACAUUCACGCGAAAAGAACCAGUUGGCGUUGUGGGACAAAUCAUUCCUUGGAAUUAUCCUUUCUUGAUGUUAGUUUGGAAAUGGGGUCCUGCUUUGGCUACUGGAUGCACUUUGGUAUUAAAGCCAGCAGAGCAAACUCCUUUGUCCGCACUUUAUGCAGCCGCUCUUGCUAAGGAGGCAGGAUUUCCAGCAGGUGUCGUAAAUAUUAUUCCAGGCUAUGGUCCAACUGCUGGCGCAGCUAUUGCUGAGCAUCCAGAAAUUAAUAAAGUUGCUUUUACUGGAUCCACCGAGGUCGGACAUGCCGUAAUGGCAGCUUCUGCUAAGAGCAAUCUUAAGCGUGUCAGUCUCGAAUUAGGUGGCAAAAGCCCUCUCGUUAUUUUUGAUGAUGCUGAUGUGAAGGAAGCUGCAGGAAUCGCGCACAAUGCGAUAUUUGGAAAUCAUGGACAAAAUUGUUGCGCGGGAUCGCGUACAUUUGUACACUCUAAGAUAUAUGAUGAAUUUGUAAAGCAGGCUAAACAACUGGCGCUUAAUAGAAAAGUGGGAGAUCCAUUCGAUUCCAAAACGGACCAAGGCCCACAGAUUGACCAAGAGAUGUUAGACAAAGUUAUUGGCUUAAUCAAUUCGGGCAAACAGCAGGGUGCUGUUGUGCAAGCUGGUGGAAUUCGCCAUGGUGAUACUGGAUACUUCGUACAGCCUACAGUUUUUUCUAACGUAACCGACGAAAUGAAAAUUGCCAAAGAAGAAAUUUUUGGUCCGGUGCAAGCAAUUUUGAAAUUUGAUACUAUGGAUGAAGUAAUUGAGCGUGCUAAUCGCACUAAUUACGGUCUUGCUUCUGGUGUAAUUACUAAAAACAUUAAUAAAGCUUUGGAAUUUGCCCAAGCUGUAGAGGCGGGCAGUGUAUGGGUAAAUUGUUAUGAUGCUGUCACACCCCAAACACCAUUUGGUGGAUUUAAACAAUCUGGCAUAGGACGCGAACUAGGAGAAGAAGGUUUGAACGAAUAUCUUGAGAUCAAAACGGUUUCUAUCAAUGUCACAAAAUCAAAUUAAUAUUUGUUAUAUCUCAAGAUUAUACAUGAAACCUCAAGAUUAUAUUUGAUCUGAAUUUCUAUGCUUACAAAUGUUUUGUACAUGAAACUUUUGUAACUGACUUGUAAUAAAAUGAUAUAUGCAAUAA